AUGAAGGAUCAGGAUAUCGUGGGCAAGGCGCUUGCCUCUGUCUUGCCCAAUUAUGACCGCUUCUGGUUCCAAGUCCCUCAUCUCCUGGAGCUGAACUUGAUUCUGUUGGUGCCGCUGCUAUCUUCUGCUGUGGCUGGUUAUGAUGGCUCCAUGAUGAACGGACUACAGUCUCUGCCGAAGUGGAAGGACUACUUUGGCAAUCCCACAGGCUCUGUGCUGGGCGUGGUAAACGCCGCACAGUCGUUCGGCAGCGUGAUCUCUCUCCCCUUCAUCGGUCUCCUGUCCGACUGGAUCGGGCGGAAACGGACCCUGCUAUCAGGGGCGUUGGUGAUCGUCAUUGCUUCCAUCAUCCAGGCCGCGUCCGUCCACUAUGGCAUGUUUGUCUUCGCGCGCGUCCUCGUCGGAAUCGGGUCGAUGCUGGUCGUCCAGCCGUCGCCGAUGCUGAUCACCGAGCUGGCGUAUCCUACACAUCGAGGAAAGUACACGAGCGCCUUCUGGACGAUGUACUACCUCGGAGCAAUCGUCGCCUCGUGGUCCACGUUCGGGACUCAGAAGCACAUGUCGUCAGAUUGGUCCUGGAGGGUCCCUUCGAUCGUCCAGGCGGGGUUUCCAAUUGUCCAGAUCGUCUUUUGGUGGUUCGUGCCCGAGUCGCCCAGAUGGCUCAUCGCCAACGGCCGAUCCGACGAAGCGGAAAAGACGCUGGCACGCUACCACACUGGCGGCGACACCUCACACCCACUGAUUCGAUUUGAAAUGGCAGAAAUUGCCCACGCAAUCGAAAUGGAGAAGCAAGCGUCCAAGACGCGCUAUUCAGCAUUGAUAGAGACCCCGGGAAACCGCAAGAGGACGUUUAUCGCCGUCUGCGUGGGGUCAUUUGCGCAGUGGAAUGGUGUCGCUGUCGUGUCAUACUAUCUCACCCUCGUUCUCGACACCGUCGGCGUCACGGAUCCCGACACUCAGACCCUGAUCAACGGCCUGCUGCAGAUCUUCAACUUCGCCGCCGCGGCCAGCGCGGCCUUGCUGGUGGACCGCCUCGGCCGCCGCACGCUGUUUCUCUGGUCCGGGGUCGGCAUGCUCAUCUCCUUCAUCAUCUGGACGGCCUGCUCCGCGGUUUUUGACAGCACGAAAGCCACCGCCCUGGGCCGCACCGUCAUCGCCUUUGUCUUCCUCUUCUACUUCCACUACGAUAUAGCCUACACCCCGCUCUUGCUGGGCUAUCCGACGGAAAUCUUCCCCUACUCGCUGCGCAGCAAGGGCCUGACGGUGGAGCUGCUCUCGGUGUAUGGGUCGCUCAUCAUCCUGGCCUUUGUGAACCCUAUCGCGCUCGACAAUAUCGGGUGGCACUACUAUAUCUUCUUCUGCUGCUUCGACGUCUUCGCCCUUGCUAUCACUUGGUUCUUCUUCCCUGAGACAAAGGGCCACUCCCUCGAGGAGAUUGCAGAGGUCUUUGACGGGCCGAUGGCCGCGACGCAUGGUGCUGUGUGGGAUUCGUCGCAGAAGGACGACACGGUAGCGACUAGAGAGCAUGAGGAGGAUGUCCGAGGGAGAUGA